GACUGCACCAACAUCCCGCGGCUCUUCUUCACAGGUAAUCCAAAUCGCUUAGUCACUUCGCCAAUAACGCUCUAAAUCCUCUAGCUUCUAUCAAUAUUUGCUAGCCAUAGCUACCAGUCAACUGUUCUUCUGCAUUUACAACGAUUUAGGUAAGAAUCAAUGGCACCACAGCAGAGAAAACCUCAUGUGUGCAGGAACCCUGAUUUGAUCAGGGGUGUAGGAAAGUAUUCUAGGUCAAAGAUGUACCACAAGAGGGGUCUUUGGGCCAUCAAGGCCAAAAACGGUGGUGCUUUUCCUAAACAUGAGAAGCAAACCGUUGCGGCUGCUCCAACCGAGAAGCCGCCGAAGUUUUAUCCGGCUGAUGAUGUGAAGAAACCGCUUGUCAACAAACGCAAAGCCAGACCCACCAAGCUCAGAGCUAGCAUUACUCCUGGAACCGUGCUGAUUAUAUUGGCUGGGAGGUUCAAGGGGAAAAGGGUUGUUUUCUUGAAGCAACUUACAUCAGGGCUCUUGCUGGUUACUGGUCCUUUUAAGAUCAAUGGUGUUCCCUUGAGGAGAGUGAAUCAAUCAUAUGUGAUUGCCACGUCAACUAAGGUCGACAUCUCAGGAGUAAAUGUCGAGAAGUUUGAUGAUAAGUACUUCGGAAAGAAAGUUGAAAAGAAGAAGAAGAAAGGAGAGGGCGAGUUUUUCGAAGCAGAGAAAGCGGAGAAGAACACACUUCCACAGGACAAAAAGGAUGACCAGAAAUCUGUGGAUGCAGCAUUGAUACAAUCCAUUGAAGCCGUUCCCGAUUUGAAAAGCUAUUUGGGUGCAAGAUUUUCACUGAAAGCAGGCAUGAAACCUCAUGAGCUCGUCUUUUAGAAGCAACUUACGAAUCAAUUUUGUUUUCUAGAUUAUGUUUAUGCCAACUCUAGAUUUAGAGGAUGCAUCGUGUCGGUUUUUGAUGGUGAUCAACAACGAAGAAGAUCUAUUACUUUUUUAUUUAUCGAUUGCCACUUAGUUUUGGAAUCUUAUUUUCAGUCUAUUCUGUUGUGCAACUUGUAUGUGUGUUAAUUGUCCGUUUAUUAUGUGCUCUGUUUAUUGUUUU